UGUUCACUUCUUUCAUUUCAGAUGAGACAAGAGUGUCUCAGUUGACGGAUCAGAAGAGCUUAGCUGCAGAAGUUCAAAACAUUACGUCGUUUUCUCGUUAUUAGUAAUGUAGUGAAACCUUACUUAAUUUCCCCAGUAUUAUUUCUUAUUAACUAAGGAUGACGUCUUUACUAAAGAACCAAAUUAUUAAGCAUUUGUCCAAGUUCGUCAAGAAUUUGUCACCCGAUAAAAUCAACCUUAGUACCCUAAAAGGAGAAGGUGAACUCACUAAUCUUGAAUUGGAUGAGAAAGUGUUGACCAGUUUGUUGGAGCUGCCGAGCUGGUUAACCUUGGACCGAGCAUGGUGCAAUCGUGUUUCCAUCAGAAUACCUUGGACAAAACUUAAAAGUGUCCCCAUAUGCUUGAGUUUAGAUGAGGUUCAUGUGUCUAUGGGAACUUGUUCUGAAUUACGUCAGCCCUCCGCUAACCUAAAACCUCCAACUUAUGCAGCUGGUUGGAAAUAUGGGUUUUCAGACAAAGUUGUUGAUGGAGUUACAUUGAGUGUCAACUCAUUGAUUAUAAAUUUCAAAAGCCCAGCAUUUGAAGCUUCCUUGCAAUUUUCCCGUAUUCUACUAGAGUCAGCGUCACCUACUUGGCAACAUGGAGAUUUGCGAUUUUCUCGGUUGAAGGAUACCGACCUAGGCUUGAUUUUGUUGUUUAAGGAAUUGCAAUGGCAGACUCUUCGGUUGGAAGCACGGUCGACGACUGGUGACCUCUCCUUACCUCCCCUUCGUUUGAUAACGAAUCAGUCAAAGUGCCGAAUUACAAUCAAGAAGCGCCUUUUAGAUUGUGCUGUCAUUGGCUGUCGUCUUGUGUUAAUCAUGGAUGAACUACUUUGGGUGCUUACGGACGCGCAGCUAAGCGCUGCCGUUCUCUUUCUGCAAUCCCUCUCCUCCUUGAUUGAACAGGAUACUUUGGUGAAUCAAAGAUUUAAGGCUGCAAGGAAAUUGGAGACACUUCCAGAGUACCAUGCGCAGCAGCAACAGCAGCAGCAGCACCGCUCUGGUGCGCCUGGUACCACCCAUAAAUCUCCAAGUCCACUCGGCCGAGUUUUUGCUCGUUAUGACGUGCUGGAAACCUCGUAUCACUUUUUCUCAGAGAAGAUCGAUUUCCAUUUUUGCGAUGAUCCCGGAGAGGGCAGAAGCAGCCACCCAGAGCUAAAAGACGGUGGAGCCCUUCAGGUUACACUCAGUCAGCUUCAGCUCGAUUUUUACCCAUAUCACUGGGCAGCAGCGGAGGCGGGUAGCCACCGUAAACAUUGGGUCGGCUACGAAGAAGGCCCGCUGUCUCGAUGGGUUGAACAAGGGAUCGAUCAGUUCACCAAGCAACUGCUACACAUGGAUUCGCCUUCACACAACAAGCUGACCCGGAGUUUCGCCAACGAUGGACCUUCAUCACCAGUUCCAAAUCCUAGUCCCAAAAUAACGGCAAGCACGUCGCUGUUGCACGGAUCCAUCCUCAAUCAUUUACGACAGCUUAUGAGCACUUGCUUAAUCCUGAGGUUGGGCGACUUUCUCGUUUUUCGAGUGACUACCGCCAAGAGCCGUCAGACGCCUAAAGAAUUUAUUGUUGGGGAUCGAGGCCGAUUUCCUUUGCCAGAUAGUACGCCCAUUGUUCACAUGGAGUUUACGCAAUUCUAUUAUCCUGGCGACAUGGAAUUCCCUCUUCCACAGCCCAAAUGUUUUGUCCAACUUAAUCCACUCCAGGUCAAUUUUGAUGGAUUGACGAUAUUGUGGUUGCAUACGUUCAUCCGCGGGUUAGAUAAGACUUUGAUUUCCUGUGCGCCCUCAACUGGCGCGUCAGAGUCCGAGAGCAAAUCCUCUUCAGGCCCAGUUCCGCAACUAGAAAUUCGCUUGGAAGCCCUGAUGCCUAGAAUGAUAUUUGAGCUACCAGGAUGGGAACGUCCACGAUCGCUGCAGUUACAAGUGUCACGACUGGUCUGCUCCAAUUACCGUUCAAUUGAUAACGGUUCCCGUGCAGAUUUGGCCGCUUGUCUAGAGAAAAUACAAGGGGGUUCAUCCGAGUGCGGUGGAGGGCUAUGCUUUGCAUCCGCCUUUCCAGCGAGAGACGACGAUUUAUCACCAAUCAGCGAGACCCUACUAAAACACGCCACUCAAGUUCAGCAAACAAACACGUCGGUUGGAUGGAAACGAGAUUUGCUCUGGACCAAAGAAACGUCUCAGGUCUGGUUCAUUCAUCUCGAUCCGUUCUGGGCCGAUUUCUUUGCCGCCAGCGGUCAGCUAUCGAAAUCGAAACCUUUGCCUUUCAUCGGAACUGUCCCCAUAACAAUUUGGAUUCAACCGGAUUCAGAGAGGAUUUCCGGUCUCUUGAACAUCAGCAGUCUUGUGAGUGUGCAACUAGAUCGCGCUGAGUAUGUUUUUCUGUUGCGGGUCAUGGAGGGCUUGUCAGAGACGACCGCGUUCUUGAAUCACCAAGAAAAGAAAUUCAGUUCCGGGGAUUCAUCUCAAUCGAUGGUUAUCGGUGCGGUCAUUCCACAAGUUGACGUUUCCAUUCUGUUCCCACCUCAGGCUGCAACAGCCUUGCAGGGCACGGAUGAUGCUGAUUCACCAAUGGGAGACACGGAAUCGAUCUAUCCUGAUACAUCCAGUAUGACUGACCUGGCCCAACUCGGUCGUUCCAUGCAGGGAUUGAAGCUUCGUAAUUCGCAUUCUGAAUACGCCGUCUCGCAACCGACCGAACCGACCGACAUAUGUAGUGUCAACAGUCUGUCAGAGGGAGUCACCCUCGUCAAAUCGCAAAGUGAUAGUAUGAUUGAAAUGUCUGCAAGCAGUGAUGGGCCAACUGGUCAUGAAGAUCUAAAACUAAGUGGACAAGCUCCAGCCUCGUCGCAAAGGUUUGUGACAUUUGCCGAUCGCAAGCAACCACCGCAGCAGAUGGGAUUUAGUUCCAUUACGAAAGGUCUACACAAUUUUAUGUCUAGCAUGGAUGCAGCCCUAAAACAUUCGACUCAUAUUCCAGAUGAUGCCAGCGAUUGCUAUUCCAUCCGAAGCGAGGGUAGUUCCGAUAGCAGCGAUAACUUUAUUGUGUUGCAGGCAGAACAUGGUGACAAUCAUCACGACGUUCUGGGCGUGUUUAAACCCAAAGCUUCUACGACAAUUGAUGUUUCUGCCGAUCCUUUAAGCGAUGUUGCCGCGGAAGAUCUCGACGAAGUAGCCGUCGAAGUUUGCGAGGACACUCCGACUACCAGCGAUCAUUCUUCGGCUGGUGGCCCACCUACGAUGGCGUCAUUUGUAUCCCCUCGUAAUCGAGAGGUUGCAGUCGUGACAAUGCACAUUAACGACCUCGAGUUCAUUCAACAGUCAGUUGGCUCGACUUCGUCCCUUCGCCUGCAGGCCGGCCAUCUUUCGUGCAACGAAUGCACGGCCAUUUCCCACGAGGAAUUCCAAUCCAAGUUUGCGUCGAGAAGUCGGGGUUGGCGAGAAGUUGAAGUUGAUGCAGGCCGACAACCCGGGGUGACUGUGCUUCCGCUUAGAGUACGAAUGGAACAGAAAAUGGAUUUCUGUCCGGAACGAGUCGAUCUGAGUGGGUCGCUCAGGGAGGCAGUAGCCUCGGCAACCGAAGCCUGGAUAGAGGCCAGUUUGACUCACUUGAGUCUAUCGCUGCAGCUCAGUUCCGUCACCGGAUUAACAGCUUUCGUCGAAGAUGAAUUAGUCGCACCAGUCGUCCCUCUUUUUAUCAACCUGCGUGACAUCGAGUGUACACUGAUAGAAGAUCGGCCUCCCAUUCGCGUGGGGGGACCGCCACCAUUUCCAGCUCCCCCUAUGGUCGUGCGUGUCAAACAUUUGCUCGUUCAGAGGAACCACUGUGGAGUCAUUUCUGUCGGCGUCAACGAAUCCAAUCCAAACCAUCUCGUUUCUCGCGUUGUAGGUGAAUCGUCGAAUCGGGACAUGAGGGAAGCUGCGCUCCGUUCCAGGAUCGAAGAACUUGAACGAGAAAAUGCCUCACUCAAUCAACGCCUCAGCAAUAAAACCAAUUGAAAAAUCUAGUCGUCAAUCCCCAUUUAUAACCUUGCCUGGCCGUUUUCUUUUUGAUCCGUUUAGGCGUUUAGUCCUUGAAUUGUUCGCUACUCAUCGCAUCGAUCGACUCGUUUUUUUUCCCCCAUAUUGUGUGUACGGUGAAGGCAUGUGUGUAUCAGUUGACGGGUUUUUCUAAUAAUUCGUUUUCCAGCUUGUGUCAUUCAAUUCCUCUUGUUCGGUAUGUUGUGGCCCGUUGUCCCUAUUAAAUUCGGGUGUUAAUGUGUUGAAUAAUCGCUUUUUCCCCUAUAUCAUUGUUGGGAUAUAUUUUCACUUUUUUCUUUCCUUCUUUUAUGUUUUCGUUACCGUUUCUGCAAGUCGACGAACACACGUCGGCCCUAAAAAACAAAAUGAACUGUUCGUUUGAGCCGUCCGUGUUUCAUAUGACCAUUUCCCCUGUGCGGACGUACUCGGUGUGAGUUGCCGAUCGAUAGAAGGACCCUGAAAGGAAUUUUACAAAAUCAAUAAAUAUUGUUCGACUCA